AUGGACCUAGACGCGCUAGCCGGCGUUGUCGCAUACGCCCACACAGGCGACUCAGUCAUGACUGUCACCGCCGCAGUCGACCGCAUCACCAUCGAGCACACGCUCAAGGAGAUCUGCGACUUGGAACUCAGCGGACAGGUCACAUAUGCAACUGGCCGUUCGAGCAUGGAGAUUUCACUGCAGGUUGCAAAAGCGCCGGUGAAUGGGCAGCCGGUUAAGGAGGAGGAUGUGUUGAUUACAUGUGCGUUUACGAUGGUUUCGUUGGACCCUGUGACCAAUACGCCGGUAGCUGUUGCACCACUCCUUGUGGAGACGGAUGAGGAACGGAGGCUUUUCGAGCUUGGGGAGAAGAAUUACAAGGCCAAAAAGCAGUUGAGGACCAGGAGUUUGCUUCAGCAGACACCGAACGAUGAGGAGAGUGAUCUUAUCCAUGCUAUGUGGACGAAGGAGAUGGCUUAUCUAAAUCCGCAAAAUCCUGUCGCCCGCCCUAAAAACCUCAUGCACAUGAAAGAAACAAUCCUCAAAUCUGCCCAGAUCAUGCAACCGCAGUACCGCAACAGGCACAACUUCAUGAUCUUCGGCGGCUACCCUGCUGAAGCAAACAUUCGAACUAGCCUUCUGCUCGCUGCUGGCAGUGACAACAACAACAGCAGCGGCGGCGGCGGCGGCACGCGCAAAUUCACAAAAGUCCAGGUCCGCGUUGACUCGAAGGUGCGCGAUGCAGAGCACACGACUAAGAAACCUACUGGGGUGUUCCAUUAUACGUUCCUGGUCGAGAAGGAUGUGCAGGUUAUGCCGCAGUCGUAUAGCGAUUUUAUGAUCUGGGUUGAUGCGAAGAGGAGGGCGCAGAAUACGAAUAAGAGCCUGCUGUCAGGGAUUAUGGAGAAGGAUUCGUUAGAUGGGAUUAAAGAGGGCGUGACGGAGUGA